AUGGGUCGCGACCUACUGCUAAGACCCAGGGACAGACCAUACAUCAAAAAAUCUUUAUCAGGACUCGUAAUCGGCCAAUACUGGAACGGUCUGCUGAACAUCAGAAUAGUAGUCCCACCGAGCAGGUUCCUUGGACACGCUGGCACGUACAGGUCUGUAGCAUUCAGUUACAGAAUGGGCGAGUCAACAGUUGCUAACAUUGUACACAGCACUUGCAGAGUAAUUUGGGAAAAGCUGUCACCGGUGGUUAUGCCCAAGCCUGACAAAAACAAGUGGGAGAAGAUUAGUGAAACAUUUAAUGAAACAUGGCAAUAUCCAAAUGCCAUUGGAGCUAUCGACGGAAAACAUGUCGUCAUUGAGAAACCAGGUAAUAGUGGAUCAAUGUUUUUUAAUUACAAAAAAGGAUUCAGCAUAGUAUUGCUGGCUUUGGUCGAUGCCAAUUGCAAUUUUAUUACUGUGGACGUUGGCACUUAUGGUAAAAAUAGUGAUGGUGGAAUCUUCAAAGAGUCUCAAAUAGGAAAAUCUCUCCAUAAUGGUCUUCUUGACUUGCCUCCAGCUAAAGCCCUGGGUGGCUCAAGCAUUGUACUUCCCCAUGUCAUGCUUGCCGAUGAGGCGUUUCCCCUGCACAUGAAUAUCAUGCGGCCGUUCCCUGGCCCACGACUGAUCAAUAACACAGAGAACAAGGUAUACAAUUACAGGCAUAGUCGUGGUAGACGCGUGGUGGAGAGUGGUUUUGGAAUAUUGGCAAAAAAGUUCAGAGUGUACUCCCAGAAACUCCAAAGGCCUGGUGAACUGGAACUUAAUGAAGAGUUCCACGGAUUGCGACCACUAAGAAGGACAGGGGGAAACGCAUCUUUAGAAGCAUUUGAAAUCAGGGAUGGGUUUAAGAAAUACUUCAACUCUGUGCAAGGCAAAGUGUCGUGGCAGGACGAUAUGAUCAACAAAGGCAGGAAGAACGUGUAA